AUGGGUUUGUGGGCCAAACUGAGGCCAUCUGGAUGGGUUUAUCCAACCACAAUCCUGUCGCUCUAUGGCUUUUUUGCUAACUGCCGAGUAGCAGAGCCCUUCCUUACACCUUACUUAAUUGGACCACACAAGAACAUCACCGAAGAGGUGUUGACCAACUAUCUGUUUCCUAUCUGGACGUACUCCUACCUGGCUUUCCUUUUCCCUGUUUUCCUCUUGACUGACUUCCUCAGAUACAAGCCCGUCAUCAUGGUACAGGGGCUUUUUCUGGUCACCAACUACAUCCUGCUGUGCUUUGCCCCAGGUCUGCCUGCAAUGACCUUCCUUCAGGUAAACUAUGCUGUCGCGACUUCCACAGAGGUGGCCUACUUCUCUUACAUUUACAGCAUGAUUCCACUUGAAAAAUACCAAAGAGCUACAGGUUUCCUGCGCAGCGCCAUUCUGGCUGGAUAUACAUUUGGUGCCAGCCUAGGUCAAAUGCUUGUCUCCCUUGCAGGAGUGGACUACUUCUACCUCAAUGCUGUAACUCUAGGAUUUAUGAGCAUAGCUUUCCUCAUCUCCUUCUUGUUGCCCAUGCCCAAAAGAAGCAUGUUCUUCAAGGAGGAAAAGGCUGCAGGCCCACCGUCCCAGAAGGAGGACCGGCUCAGAAACAAUAGCCACGAGCAUCCGGUGAUAGAUAUGAGGGCAGCAGGCCCAGAGGAAGAGAAGAUGGAGCAUGAUGGCAGGGCUGGCUGGUGCAGCAAAGAAAAUCUGAUCGCUGCAGGAAACUUACUUUGGGGGAGCUUCAGGGAGUCAUACUCUUCACGGCACCUAGUUUACUGGUCUUUGUGGUGGGCUCUGGCUACAGCUGGCUAUACGCAAAUUUUUAACUACAUUCAGCUUAUGUGGGACCACAAAGAACCAUCGGCCACAUCGUCCAUCUACAACGGAGGAGUCGAGGCCGUUUGCUCAGUUGUUGGAGCUGCAGCAGCCUUCUCUGUGGGCUUCAUUGAGGUGACCUGGGCCGUGUGGGGAGAGCUGGCGCUGGGGCUAUUCUCGACUGUGGCAUCAGGCGCCGUGUUUCUGAUGGCGUUCACCAGCAGCAUCUGGGCUUGCUAUGCUGCAUAUGUGCUAUUCAAAUCCUGCUACAUGUUUCUCAUAACCAUCACAAUUUUUCAGAUUGCAUCUAACCUCUCCAUGGAAUGUUAUGCUUUAACGUUUGGGAUCAACAAUUUCAUAGCCCUCUCACUGCAGACCAUCAUUACCGUCACUGUUGUUGAUGAAGCUGCUCUGGGACUGGACAUCGUUAAACAAUUCAUCAUAUAUGGAAGCUACUAUGCUGCCAUCUCAUUUCUCUUUCUGAUACGAGGAACCUACAUUGCCUGUGUGCGUAACUCAGAGCCCAAAGAACCAGGGUCUGGUGUAGUGGUGAUCUCUUCUGAACGUUUCUGA